UCUACCUGUUACUCUCUGGAUAUUGUGAAUAUAAUGUAUGAAGUUUUAUCUUCACAGAAACAAUACAAGAAAGACCUGGAAACUGAAAUUAAAGGGAAGGGUAUGCAAGUUGGUCCGGAUACUCCUGAGAUAAGACGAGCCAAGAAAGCCUCUGAAAUUGCAAGCAUGAAGGAAUACAAGAAAGACUUGGAGAAUGAAAUUAAAGGAAAGGGAAUGGGAGUGGGCAUGGAUACCCCUGAUAUACAACGAGCCAAAAAGGCUUCUGAAAUUGUAAGCCAGAAAGAAUAUAAAAAGGAUCUGGAGACUGAAAUUAUAGGAAAAGGGAUGCAAGUUGGCCCAUACACUCCUGAAAUACAGCGGGUCAAAAGGGCUUCAGAAAUAGCAAGCCAGAAAAUGUACAAAGAUGAAGCAGAGAAGAUGCUCUGUAACUAUUCUGCUGUCCCAGACACUCCAGAGAUGGAAAGGAUAAAAAGUACUCAGAAAAACAUCAGUUCAGUGUUUUAUAAGAACGAAGUAGGAGCUGGCACAGCUGUAAAAGAGACUCCAGAGAUUGAAAGAGUAAAGAAAAAUCAACAGAAUAUUAGUUCUAUUAAAUACAAGGAGGAAAUUCAGCAAGCAACAACUAUUUCUGAUCCACCCGAACUAAGGAGAGCUAAAGAAAACCAGAAGAACAUUAGCAAUGUUCAGUACAAAGAGCAGCUCUGCAAAGCUACGCCUGUGAGUGUCACCCCCGAGAUCGAAAGAGUCAAGAGGAAUCAAGAGAAUGUCAGCAUGGUUCACUACAGGGAGCAGCCUGGCAAAGCUACUGCUGUGAGUGUCACUCCUGAGAUAGAGAGAGUCAAGAAGAAUCAAGACAAUAUCAGCUCGGUCAAGUACAGCAGUGAUCAAAGGCAGAUGAAAGGUAGAUGUAGUGUGCUUCUAGACACACCUGAGCUAAGGCAUGUCAAAGAAACACAAAACAACAUCUCAAUGGUGAAAUACCAUGAAGAUUUUGAGAAGACAAAGGGCAGAGGCUUCACCCCAGUGGUAGAUGAUCCUAUAACAGAGCGGGUGCGGAAAAACACACAAAUCGUGAGUGAUGCAGCGUAUAAAGGUGUGCAUCCACAUAUUGUUGAAAUGGAUAGAAGGCCUGGAAUAAUUGUUGAUCUUAAAGUUUGGCGCACCGAUCCUGGCUCCAUCUUCGACAUUGAUCCUCUGGAGGACAAUAUUCAGUCUAGGAGUCUGCAUAUGCUUUCUGAAAGAGCAAGCCGUUACAGUAAGCAGUAUUUACAUUCUACCAGUUUGGGAGAUUAUAAAUCAGAUGGCUCUGACACGAACCCUACCUUUUCUUACUGCAGUGAGAUAACAAGGCCAUCUGACGAAGGAGCCCCUGUUCUCCCUGGGGCAUAUCAGCAAAGCCAGUCUCAAGGAUACGGAUACAUGCACCAGACCAGUAUGUCAUCCAUGAGGUCCAUGCAUUCACAGCCUCAUUCAGCAGGUCUGAGAACAUACAGAGCUAUGUAUGACUACAGUGCUCAAGAUGAAGAUGAAGUUUCCUUCAGGGAUGGUGAUUAUAUCAUCAAUGUGCAACCAAUUGAUGAUGGCUGGAUGUAUGGUACUGUUCAGAGAACUGGGAAAACAGGAAUGCUUCCAGCAAAUUAUAUUGAGUUUGUUAACUAAUUUUUGUCUCUAGUUCUUUAAGCUUUAUUAUGAUUUACUCAAAAUCUAACCUUUUAGAAAAAGUUAGAAGAAUCUUUUAAGAAUACAUGUUCAUUACUUUAUCAAUGCUAUAACAGUCUGCAUUCUCACUCGGAAUUCAAUUUAGAGUCCUUUAAAGUAAAGAUAAUCAACAAGAAGCUCAGAGCUUUGGAAACACCAUUGCUUAUAAUAGUGCUUCCUCAAAAUGAAAAACAUCUAUGAAAGCCUCGUGCUGCCAAUCCUAUAAAUAUUUCAAUUAGCUUUGAAGGGGAAAUACCUUUUCCUUACACCUCAAAGACAUUAUUUCUCUUUAUAAUAACAACCAUAAAAUCGAUUCGCUUCUUACGGCACUCUGAAGUCACAGGAGGUUAACACACUGAGU